CCCCCUGGUUUUGAACCUCUUCGGGAACCUUUCCUCAAAUUGCAAAAAUCCGUCAGAGCCUUGAACCCAGGAAGCUGUGGGCAGAUGGUAAACAUUGCCUUGGCUAUAUCUGCCGCUCCACGCUGGAUCCCUCUGCCAGCCCUUGUUUGCUCACUGCAUGGAAAGCAAAGAUCUCGUUUCAGUUCCUGCAGCAGAGCUGACGCAGGUCUACGGCAAUCCAACACCUGGAGAAGGAGGCUGUGGCUGUCUCCUGCCUGCUUGCACUGGAGACAUGAGGUCCCCAGCCGCCCUGCCUGUCCUGCUGCUCCUUCUCCUGCACCUCACAGCUGGGGCGUCUGCAGUGCCGAGUUACGUGGUCACAUCCCCAGCUGUGAUGUACCACCCCCACACAGCGAUGCUGUGGGUCCAUCUCAGUGGCCUUUCCGAGCCUGUCCAGGUGACUGUCCAGCUGCAGAGAGAAGACAGGACCCAUAACAUCACUCUGCUGGAGAGGAAGGUCCAGGAGCCUCAUCUGUACCUGAACCUUACCUUCCCUGUUCCAGCCCCUACCAAAGGGAAGGAGGAAAUUGUAGACCUGCACAUCUCAAUCCAAGGAGAUUCCCUGGAUGUCUCCAAGAAGAAGAAGGUGAUGCUGAGAGCCCUGAAGCCUGGGAUCUUCAUACAGACAGACAAGGCUGUCUACAAGCCUGGACAGCAAGUGAAGUUUCGUAUCGUCUCUUUGGAUAAAGACUUCACUCCCAGCAGUGAGAAGCUGCCCCUCGUGUUCCUGAAGGAUGCCAGCGGGAACCGCAUUGCGCAGUGGCAGAAGGUGACCCCGCGUCAGGGCAUCGUGGAGCUGUCCCUCCCACUGGAUACGGAGCCAGCCCUGGGCACCUACACCAUUGAGGCGGAGGGGAAGACCCACACCUUCAGCGUGGAGGAAUAUGUGCUGCCCAAAUUUGAGGUGACCAUUGAUGUCCCUGCCGUGGUGCUGGUGAAGGACGAGAAGUUCCAGAUAGAGAUUUGUGGGCGCUACACCUACGGGAAGCCCGUUCAGGGCAAGGUCCAGGCCACCUUGUGCCAGCCCCUCAGGCCCAUCACGUUCCGGUAUAGACAUAACGGUGCCCCCCAGAAAAAGAACUGCAUCGAGGUUAGCGGGCAGACGGAGAAGAACGGUUGCUUUUCCACAGAGAUUUUGUUGACUGCCUUCAACCCGACCAGCUCCAUGUAUGAGAAGCAAUGUCAAGUCCAGGCAUCGCUGGUGGAGGAUGGGACAGGGCUGGAGCUGAAAAACUCCAAGAGCUUCAAGAUUUCACCUGAAAUCUUCACUGUCACAUUUGAAAACACUGAUGAUUUCUACAAGCUGGGCAUCCCCUACACCGGGACGAUGCUGCUGAAGGGAGCUGACAGUGCCGCGCUGCCGCAGAAGCAGCUCUUGCUCAUCGUUAGCCAGCAAGGAAAACAGACAAGACAGACCUUCCUGACAGACGCAUCGGGGAGAGCCUCCUUCGAGCUGGACACCGCUGGUUGGAGUGGCACAGUCUCCCUGCAUGGUCAGGUCAACGAGACAGCUCACACCCCAAACAAUGACCCGACACUCACCUACCAAAAUGCUGACAUGUACCUCAGCCCCUUCUUUUCGGUGAGCAGGAGCUUCCUGCAGAUCCACCGGCUGGCGGGCGAGCUGCCCUGUGGCCAGCCCCAGCAGCUUGGGGUGGACUACAUCUUCAGCAAGGAAGCCUUGGGGACUCAGCUGGAGAGCCUGGAUGUGAUCUUCCUGGUCCUGGCCAAGGGGACCAUUGCCACUGUCCUCAGGAAAGAGCUGCCUGCAGAGGCUGGGCUGAGAGGCUCCUUCUCCCUGGAGCUGCCCAUCGGCCCCGAGCUGGCACCCACGGCCAAGGUGCUGGGCUACGUGGUGCUGCCCAACGGGGAGAUGGUGGCUGACAGCACCGAGCUCAGCGUGGCCAAGUGCUUCCCCAACAAGGUGAAGAUGGCUUUUUCGGAGGACCGGGCUCUGCCCAGCUCGGUGCUGAGGCUGGAGCUGGAGGCUGCCCCAGGGUCCCUGUGUGCCAUCCGUGCCGUGGACCGCAGCGUGCUGCUCUUGAAGCCCGAGGCUGAGCUCAACGGGAAGGCGGUCUACCAAGUACUCCCUGAAUUCAACUACCCUGGAAGCAUUCAGGACCCACCAUCCUGUUCAGCAUUUUCCUGGGGCUAUUUCCCUGACUAUGCCAUUCCCAUCCCCCCAUGGGUACCAAGGCAGCGAGACUUCUUUCCCCCUCGAAGGCGGCCUUUCGGGUUUUGGAGGCAUUCCCAGAUGGACACCUACAAGUUAUUUCAGAACGCGGCACUGAAACUUUUCACCAAUGCCAACACCAGCCGUGCGUGCAAAGAGAGGCUCGGCUUGCCUGGGAGGGCAGGUUCCCACGGUCCCCUAGGUGACUUAGAUAUCCGUGUCACCUCUUUUCGGACUACCCCAGAAGUAAUGUACAUUUCUACCCCAGUCAACUCUGUCCAGGAAGAGCCACCAGCACCCCGGACAUAUUUCCCAGAGACGUGGCUGUGGGACCUGGUCCCUGUGGGGGAGGUGGGCUCUGCAGAGGUGACUGUGACGGUGCCCGAUGCCAUCACCCAGUGGGAAGCUGGGAUGUUCUGCACAUCCCCGCUGGGCUUGGGGCUGGCCCCUGCCACCACCCUCAUGGUUUUCAAGCCCUUCUUUGUGGAGCUGGCGCUGCCCUACGCUGUGGUCCGCCAUGAAGCCUUCACCCUCGUGGCCACCGUCUUCAACUACCUGCGGCAGUGCCUGCGGGUUCAGGUGACACUGGCAGAGUCGGCAGAGCUGGAGGUGUCAGCAGUCACGGACGAGGUGUACAGUGGUUGUAUCUGCGCAGAUGAGGCGAGGACCUUCCGAUGGGGCGUGCGAGCCACCAGCCUGGGGGACGUGAACAUCACCAUCAGCACCGAGGCACUCAGCUCCAAGGAGCUCUGUGGCAACGAGGUGCCCGUGGUGCCAGCCCAGGGGCGCAUGGACACCGUGAUAAAGCCCUUGCUGGUGCAGCCUGGAGGAAUCCUGGUGGAGAAGGCACACAGCUCCCUGCUCUGCCAGGAAGUCACUGAAGAAAUCUCCCUGGAGGUUCCUGAAAACAUCUUAGAGGGCUCCCAGCGAGCCCACGUCACCGUGAUGGGUGACAUCAUGGGCAACGCUCUGCAGAACCUGGACCGCCUCCUGGCCAUGCCCUACGGCUGCGGGGAGCAGAACAUGGUUCGCUUCGCCCCCAACAUCUACAUCCAGCAGUACCUGGAGAAGAGCGGGCAGCUGCUCCCCGAGAUCCGCGCCAAGGCGCAGGGCUUCCUGCAGAGCGGGUACCAGCGAGAGCUGCUCUACAAACACGACGACGGCUCUUACAGCGCCUUCGGGAAGAGCGAUUCCACGGGCAAUACGUGGCUGACGGCGUUUGUCCUCAAGUCCUUCGGGCAAGCCAGAGCCUACGUGGCCAUCGAGGAGCGGCACAUCACGGAUGCGCUGCGCUGGCUGCAGAAGCAGCAGCAGCAGCAGACAGGUUGCUUCCGCAGCGUGGGAAAGCUCUUCAACAACGCCCUGCAGGGUGGCGUCUCGGAUGAACUCUCAUUGUCAGCUUAUGUCACUGCUGCGAUGCUGGAGCUGGGGCUGUCCCCAACGGACCCAAAGGUAAGCUCAGCCCUGCAGUGCCUGGAGGCUUCGGCCACGGACAACCCCUACACGCAGGCACUGCUCGCCUACGUCUUUGGGCUGGCAGGGCGCUGGGAGCAGCAGCAAGCCCAGCUGCGGAGCCUGGCCCAGCACAGCACCAGCACAGAGGGGCAGCUCCACUGGCAGAGAAAGGGGAAGGCUCUGACUCCCUCUGACUCCUGGGCUGCCGCCGCUCCGGCAGAAGUGGAGAUGACUGCCUACGUCCUGCUGGCCUACCUCUCCCAGCCCCAAGUGUCCUCUGCCGACCUGGGGACUGCUUCCCAAAUUGUCUGCUGGCUCAGCAAGCAGCAAAACCCCCACGGGGGCUUCACCUCCACGCAGGACACCGUGGUGGCCCUGCAAGCCCUGGCCAAGUAUGCUGCCCUGACAUAUGGCAACAACGGGGACUUCACGGUGACGGUGACAUCCCCCACGGGCACCACACAGGACUUUGUCCUGCACAACGACAACCGGCUGGUGCUGCAGCGGGCGGCUCUGCACGAGCUGCCGGGGAUGUACGGGGUGCGAGCCCGCGGGCAGGGCUGUGCCCUGGUACAGGUGACCCUGCGCUAUAACGUGCCACCCCCUCCGAGCACCGGCACGUUUGACCUCCACGUGGAGACGGAGCCUGGGCAGUGCACGGGGGACGCCAGGGCCCGCUUCCACCUCCUCCUCCGGGCACGGUACGCUGGGGAGCGUCCUGCCACCAACAUGGUUGUCAUCGAGGCCAAGCUGCCGUCUGGCUACAUCCCGGACAAGAGCUCUGUGGUGGAGCUGAAGAGGCAGAACCUGGUGAAGAAGGUGGAGGUGCAGCCCAACCAGGUGACGAUUUACCUGGACCAGCUGACCAAGGAGGAGGAGACCUUUGCCUUCGCCGCCACACAGGACUUCCCGGUGAAGAACCUCCAGCCAGCCACCGUGACGCUGUAUGACUACUACGAGACGGGUGACCGCACGGAUGCUGCCUACAGUGCGCCCUGCAGCUCAGUGGCUGACGGUCAGGAGCAGGGAAACUUCUAGCACAGCCUGAAGCCUAGCAGCUGGUCCCUCUGCUCACUCCACCUCCCUCAGCCACCGAGGACCAGGACGGCCAACAGUCUCUGCUCCCACCCUGGCCACAACCCUGACCCUCCACGGGGCCAGAACACGGCCCAGAGGUGCUCACAGCACCGCCGCACCCAGCACAGCAUGGCUCGCUCCAGACUCAGCCACUUCCCCCUGCAGCACAGCCCCCACCCCAGCAGGACCCAAGGGAGCCACGGCCGAGGGGCUGACCCCACUGACUGCUCUGCAAGUCCCUGCCACUGAUAUUUUGUCGUCACUUGAGCAGCGGCAGCUUUACGGGGCGCCCCGAGGGAGCUCUGGGGCACCAGGCCUGGCCUCUCCACUCCUCAGCGUGCCCGAGUGUGACCAAGACCUCCUCCCUCCUGCCAGACCAACUGUCCCUUCCCCAGCAAAUCUCCACCGCCACUCACCCCAUCUUGUUCUCUCUGGGACUCAAGGUGCCACCCCGGUCCCCUCCUUGGCAUGAAAAUGGUGCCACUGUCACCAAGAGGGACCUGGGGACACACCAUCAAAACAGAUUCAGGUGCUUGUUGACAGAGAGAAGCCACCGUCCCCUCCCCAGGGUUUAAAUAAAUACAUU